CGAAGGGCCGGUUCCCCGCUCCCGCCGGCCGGCGGCGGGAAGGCCCCCAGGCGAGCGGUAGCGCACCUCGGGCCGGCGGAGCGGCCGCGCCUCGUGCGCUGCGCCCUCACGGCUUGCUCCGCGCCGGGGCCGCGGGCAGCGCUGCUGCGGGAGCAGCCGCACCGCUUCGUGACCCUGACUGCGGGUGUGCUUGCGGUGGGAGAGCAGUAGUAGCUGCCCGCGGUAGUGGCCGGGAUCCCUAAGGUUCUGGACAUAGGAAAUAUGAAUGACUGGCAGAAGAAAACCCCUCUAGACUGGGAAACGUAUCUGAACAAAAUGGUGAAAGUUGCUGCAAUUGAGAAACAUGAAUAUGAAGGAUGGGUCUUAACAGUUGAUCCCAUUUCUGCCAGUAUUGUCCUUGCAACAUUCCUGGAGAAUGAGAAGGUGUCCAUAUCUGUUGUCUUGGGCCAUGCUGUCCAGGAGGUCAAGAUACUGAAAGAAGGGGACGAUGAAAUGAAGCAACGGCUUGCUGGCAUAUUUGCACCUGAAGAAAGCAAAGCCUACAGCCCAGCGGAACUUGAAAAGAGGAAGAAUGACUUGAAGACUUGGCUGGAAGCAAACCACAUCCCUGUAACAGAGCAACAAGGUGAAUCGGGAAGAAUGCUGUGUGUGGCGGGGGUAUUAACUAUUGACCCACCAUAUGGCCCAGAAGAGUGCAGCAGCUCCAAUGAGAUUAUUCUGUCUCGGGUUCAAGGCUUGAUACAGGGCUACCUUGAAAAACAGCAGUGAUGUGUAAUGUUUAAAGCAGUUGUCUUUGGGACUAUGUCUACCUGCCCUAUUAUAGGAACUGUUCUGGGUAUCAAUAUACCACUGUUUGCAAAAAUGCUGAGUUUAGGUACUUCUGUCUGAUUUUUGUAUGUUGAGAACAGGAUAAAAAAAGCAGUAUUAACUAAAAGCAUGAAGCAUUUUCUAUGCACUAUUUUUUAUUAAAAACAAGCCACUGGAUAAUGAUGAUGUAUUGAACUGAUAUAUUAGUUUUAUAAAUAUUUUUUAUAACAGUAUUGUGAAAGAUGAUACAUGAUAAAUGUCAAACUGUUUUCCUCUGCCUUUAAUUAAUUAUCUAGUGGUGCAGGCAUGUUUGUUCAAACUGCUUUUGAACCAGAAUUUGAACCAGAAUUUUAUUUCUUUUUCCAGAAGGAGAAUUGUGACACUUGGACUUACUAAACCAGAUGAAAGAUGUUCAGAAAGCUCCCCCCCCGCUUCAACUGUUCUCCUGUUUUAGAAUGUAAAUUAUAAUGUAGGUCCAUAUUUGUAAAAUGAUUAGGGAAAGUUAGCAGGCAAAUAGCAGGUUUUAAAAACAUUCCCUAUCUGUAUUUGUUAUUUUAGAGCAGCAGUGUAUUGAUUUUUCUAUCCUCUUAUGAAAUAGCACCAAAACACCUUCAGCGUGCUCAAAUGCAUUUGAAAGCUGUGCCUAACCUGCCCUCCUCAUUCCUGCUGUGGUUUAUUUAAAAAUACUUGGGAUUAGUCA